ACUUAGUUUAAUGCCGAAAAUGAGCAUUGAACGUCGGCAUGAAAAGGCACCUUUGCUUCGUGAUCUCUACUCUCAACAAGUUGGCAAUUCUGUGUAUAUACACAUGUGACCCCAAUGUUGCGCAGUUUCAUAGUGGAAGGAUUGUAUUAUGUCGAUAUGACUGGUUUCGUAACCUCAAUAGUGGCAAACUUCUACUGUUAAUUCCUGUUUCGCGGGGCAGAGCGACACUUUUUUUAGCCAGAUUUGUUUGUUUCAUGAAAAACGCGUCGAUUUUUAUUAUCAUGGGAUCUAGAUUAAGAGAAAAUGUCAAACAACUUUUUGAAUGUUUCUGUGAAGUAGCUGCGCCAAUAAGGGAGAAGCCAGCUUGGAUUCUCCAAAAAUAUCCCAAUUCCUUUUCAGAUGAAGAAAUACUGAAAUCUGUUCCUAAAUUUGCAUAUCCUUGUGAAUUUGAAAAUUUAUUAGUACAACAUUUUUCAUUUGUGCUCACUAGCAUAGAUUCAAAAUGGACUUUUGGAUUCUGCCGUCAUGAUCCCAAAACAGAAACAGCUUUAGUAGUCUUAAGCGCCCUUCCAUGGCACGAAACAUUUUACAAACUUUUGAAUCAUAUUGCAUCCUUAACCAGUAGUGCUAGUGGAGAAGAUCCCUGGAAAUUUCUUGAAAUUAUAUAUACUUGUGGGGUUCCAAUACCUGGAAACUCCAUAUCUAUUCCUUUACCAAAUUCUACAGCGAAUUUUAUUUGUCAAAGCCCAAAACAGUUUCAAUUACCUAGUAUUCCUGAAAAUAGAAACUUGACUGAAUAUUAUAGUGCUGUAGAUUCGCAUAAUAUGAUGAUGAUAUUCGCAUCUAUGUUAUACGAACGCCGUAUUAUUUUCAUUUCGAAACGUCUAUCGAGGUUGAGUGCAUGUGUACAAGCAUGCAACGCUUUAAUUUAUCCAAUGAUUUGGCAACAUAUAUACAUCCCUGUUCUGCCGUUAUCAUUAAUAGAUUAUUUAUUAGCGCCUAUGCCAUUCUUAAUUGGAGUACCUACCCUAACGCUUCAGAAAGUACCGAAAAGUGAUUUAGGAGAAGUUGUUAUAUUAGAUGCUGAUAAUAAUACAAUUGAGUCACCAUUUCAAGAUUUGGAGUCUUUACCUCAAGAUGUAGUGACGAAUUUAAAGAAAGCGUUACGCAAUAGAUCGGCUCUUCUUGGAGAUGGCGUAUCAAGAAAAACAGGUUAUAGAGAAGCAUUAACUUUACAGCAGGGUGAGCGUAUCACGUUUAAUCAAAAUGCAUUUGUUGAAAGUAGGCCAUCUUCCAUGCAACCCUUUUUACGAAAAAUGUUAGAAUUACAAAUUUUCCAACAAUUUAUAGAAGAAAGAUUAAAUAUGCUUAAUUCGGGACUAGGGUUCUCAGAUGAAUUCGAAAUGGAAGCCUGCAGUUAUUCAGCCAAAUCAAGUAGUAAAUUUAUGCAACAAUAUAGGGAGUGGACUUACACUAUGCGAAAAGAGAGCUCCGCAUUUUUCCGUAGUGUAAAAGAUAAGGCCAAUCCAGCAGUAAAAUAUGCUGUUAGAUCAGUGAAAGAUAAAGGCAAAGAUAUGAAAACGGCUUAUAAAGGAUUAAAAUGGAAAGGACGAUUGAAUAGAAGUGAAACUAAUAUGAGAUUUCAUCAGCCACGAUCAGCUCCCAGCUCACCUACAAUAGAUAGAAGAUCUAUUGGAUUUACGUCCCCACCAAAAUCUCCAAAUGAUAUAUCAGUGGCAAUUAAUUGCCGAAAAGAUUUACGUUUGAGGAAUAAUAAUUUCACUGAUACAAGUAGAAAACAGUACUCACCUUUAAGCCCUAGUUCCCCUGAAGAAUCCGACUCUCCAUUGGAGCGUAUAAAUAUAGAUCUUAUGCACGAACUUCAAGAUGUGAUAUUUCCAAAUAUCCCAGUUGUAGAUAAGACGGAUUCUUCUGACGUCCCAGAUUUAAUACGGUUAGAUUCAAUAAACAGCAACGACGAUUUCGAUCCGCUACUAUCUAAAUCUUCCGAAUUUUCGAGCACAAAACAGAUGAGUCAAUCAUUAUAUUUACCUGAAAUGGGCGAAGGUCUUAGUAACCCCUUGUAUCCUUAUUUUCAACAACCAUCGCACAAAACUGACAAGCCAAAGACCUCCGAUAAUGUGGGUGAUACGGAUUUAUUACAAGCGUAUGGUAUAGAUUUUAAUAAAUUUAGCUUAUCUAAUAGUGAUAAUUCAUUCACAAUAAACACUGCUGCUUGUAAUCAAAGUGACAACAGUAUUAAUGAUACAAUGGACACAUUCAGUUUAACAUUGGAUGCACCUACCAUUAAAUCACAAAAUAAUUGGACGAAGUUUGAGUAAAUGUGUGAGCGCGUGCGCGUGCGUGCGUAUGUAUGUAUGUAUGUAUGUAUGUAUGUAUGUAUGUAUGUAUGUAUGUAUGUAUGUAUGUGUGUGUGUGUGUGUGUGUGUGUGUGUAUGUACUGUACAUACAUACAGGGUAAUAAUUAAGUUACUCUAAAAGGUUUUAAGGGGUAAUUCCUCACAAUCGUCAUAUUAAAUUACUUCUAUAUGACUAUAUCUGAGACGGCUUAAUUUCAAGAAUACAAAAUGCCAAAGUUGAAGAAAAAAUUUCAUUUUUUCCAAAAAUUUUGAAAGCCACUCCAUCUACUUUUAUGGAUAAACAUAUAUAUGUUCGGACAUAUCGUUAUAUUUUCGGACAUCAUUUCAGAUAUAUCGUCAUAUUUUCGUCUUGAUUUAGUAUGAGGAAUCGCCUCUUGAAACCUUUAAAAUACUUAACCAUGUAUAUAUACACGCAUAUUAUAAUUGUAAAUACAGCAUUAGUAUCUUUUUUAUACAUUAUUUAGAUAUCUUUACAUUAAGGAAAUGUUGAAGCAAUGGCCGAACUUGAUCGAUGUCGAUAAUACAGACUUCCUAAACUCACAGCGUUUACAAAGCAUUAACAAAAUAUUAAAAAAAGUAUUAAAAUAAUAUAUUGCAACGUUAACUUUUGCAUCCAAUAUCUACUAAACACAAUUAGUACUCUGUUUUAUUUUUCGCAUCGAUUUUGUUCAUAGUAUAUAAAUCAAAUUUUCAAAUUCUCCUUGCUCUUAUAAAACCUCUAGCUCAUUUAUACAAAUAUAGUAUUAUUUUUUUAUCUCUAGCUGAUCUAAGCUUAUUUAAAACAUACAAGCAUACAAAAUCUAAAAUUCUUAUAUGCAACACAUGUCGUCAGGAGUCAACUGCAGAAGCUGAUAAAACUAUAAUUUUUUAAAUUUCUUGUUUUUUAUAUAUGAAAUUGUUGUUUGCGCACUGUGUUUUCGUCUAAUUUAAUUGUGUAGAAAGAUUUUUAAUUUUAAAUUUAUAAAUGCAAUUAAGAGAUUGGAGGAUUAAAUAUUAAUCACAUUUUAUUAGUAAAACAGGACUACUCCAACAUCCCCUUGCCUUAAACAUUCGCAUUAAUAUUGGUAUAAGGAUCAUCUUAGGUGUUACUCAAUAACCCCUAUAACCUUCUCUACAAUCGCAAAUGUUGACAAUAAAGUAUACCGAUUUGCUGCAAAUAGGAAA